AUGAUCUCAAAAGCCAUCUGUCUCACCCUUGUCUUUGCCGUGGCUGCGGCGCGGCCUCAGGGCGGCCACGAGCACGGGCACGCGUACUCGUCGCAGAGCAUCGUGCUGCACCAGAGCCACGGCCACGAGGCGCAGAGCCACGGCCACCAGGUGCAGAGCCACGGCCACCAGGCGCAGCAGAGCCACGGCCACGAGGAGCACCAUCACACUGACUACUACGCGGAGCCCCAUUACUCGUACGAGUACAAGGUGCAGGACCCGCACACGCACGACAACAAGUACCACCACGAGACCCGCAAGGGCGACCAGGUGAAGGGCGUCUACAGCCUGCACGAAGCGGAUGGCUCCGUGCGCAUCGUCGAGUACACCGCCGACAAACACAAUGGCUGUCUCACUGUGCGGUGUAAAAAGUUCACUAAACAAACAAUAAUAAUGAUCUCAAAAGCCACCUGUCUCGCCCUUGUCUUCGCCGUGGCUGCGGCGCGGCCUCAGGGCGGCCACGAGCACGGGCACGCGUACUCGUCGCAGAGCAUCGUGCUGCACCAGAGCCACGGCCACGAGGCGCAGAGCCACGGCCACCAAGUGCAGAGCCACGGCCACCAGGAGCAGAGCCACGGCCAUCAGGCGCAGCAGAGCCACGGCCACGAGGAGCACCAUCACACUGACUACUACGCGGAGCCCCAUUACUCGUACGAGUACAAGGUGCAGGACCCGCACACGCACGACAACAAGUACCACCACGAGUCCCGCAAGGGCGACCAGGUGAAGGGCGUCUACAGCCUGCACGAAGCCGACGGCUCCGUGCGCAUCGUCGAGUACACCGCUGACAAACACAAUGGAUUCAACGCUGUGGUGAAACACGAAGGUCACGUCAAGCACAUCGUCCCCGAACACCACCACUCUCACCAUUAAACCUGUGAUCAUAUCUGUUGAAUAUUGAUAUGUUUUUGUUAAGUUUGUAAAU